UACAGAAAACUACAGUUCCCUAUAGCAAUAAUAGCGCACUUUGAGAUUUGUUUUUAGCCUAGCUGGGGAACACGAGUAAUAGUAUUUUAGAAAAACUAAGCCCUUCUCCUCGUAAAUUGCGUUAUAUAACACUCGCGCGGGGUGUCUUAAUCUUCUACACCAUGCCAGUGCACCGUGAUCGGGAGAAAAAGGAGAGCACAACAGAGGAGAUGGACGUGGAAGAGCAAGAACACGAGGCAUCCAGCUCGGAAGAUGAGGAUUCUGAAACUUCCUCUGUCUCUGAGGAUGGAGAUAGCUCAGAAAUGGAUGAAGAGGACUGUGAGCGGAGGAGGAUGGAGUGUCUGGAUGAAAUGUCCAACCUGGAAAAACAGUUCACUGAUCUAAAAGACCAGCUGUAUCGUGAACGUCUUAGUCAGGUGAACAGCAAGUUAUCAGAAGUGGAGGCUGGACGGGCAGCAGAAUAUCUGGAGCCUCUGGCAGUACUGCUGGAGAACAUGCAGGUCCGCACUAAAGUGGCAGGUAUCUACAGAGAGCUGUGUCUGGAGUCUGUUAAGAACAAGCAUCAGUGUGAGAUCCAGGCCGCGUGCCAACACUGGGAGAGUGAGAAACUGCUGCUGUUUGACACAGUACAGAGCGAACUAGAAGAGAAAAUAAGACGAUUAGAGGAAGACAGACACAGCAUAGAUAUUACAUCAGAGCUGUGGAAUGAUGAGUUGUCUGGGCGAAAGAGGAGAGAUGCUUUAAGUCCAGACAAGAAGAGGAGAAGACCUUCAGUGGUGUCCGGCCCAUAUAUUGUUUAUAUGCUGCCUGACUUGGACAUCCUAGAGGACUGGACAGCUAUCAGAAAGGUGUGGGCUGUGGCUACACUGGGUCCCCACAGAGGGAAGGCCGACUCUGACAGCUCUGCAUUCCCAUUUAGAUCAGAUAGAAACAGGCCCAUUCUCAACUGCUGAUGAACACACAUAUACAGUGACACAUUUGGAAACACGCUCAAACACGAGACCUUCAGAUAACACACACAGCAGAACAUUUCUCUGUCUUCCCCAAAUUCCAUUACCAACGACACCAGCUUGUAAGCUGAUCAUGCUAAAAGACGGAUACAGUAAGGACUUAUAAGUUUGGAUCAGGACAAACAUAAAUAUAUACAUAUUUUUUUCAUUUAAAAUGGCAAGGCUUAGAAUUUCCCCAUCCAUUUACCAGCAUUGUUUUCUGUUUGUUCAGCGGAUUUUCUGUCAACAGUAAAAGUAAGAGACCCUCUCAUCAAGGUCUGUUGUAAAACCCGACAUACAUUCAUUGUUCAUUGUCAUUUUCAGGACUACAAACAACUGUUAAAGUAUGUCUAAAUCAGGGUUUUCAUUUACAUGCACCAAAGUUUGGAUUAAAAACGUUUUUGAGGUGGGAAAUUUAACUUUUUUUAGUGGCCCUGUAUAUUUGAAUUUUUUUACUCUCAAGUUAGAUAAUAGAACAUUGUUGCUUUGAAAAAUACAAUUAUUAUUUAAAUGUGUUUUUGUGUUUCCUCAGGUUGUCUUUGUCAUGUAAGCUUUAGUGCUAUGAGACACAGUAGGGGGUGGUGCAGUGAAUGUCUCAGUCUCUGAAAAUACCAGUGUCUUUACAAAACAAGACAAUAUGACACUCUGCUAACUGACACUGACUUCAUUUAAUGUUUUCACAUUGGAAAAAGUGUGUGUUGAUUUAGUGUUAUUCGGCCUUCCAGCUGAACUUGUUUCUGGGCAAGUCAGUUCACACCCUGAGCACACUGCCUGGAUCGUGUAAAUGGUGUGCUGUCAGAUUUGCUCUGGCAUCUUACUUAUAAAUGUAGACAUGUACCAUGACUCUCAUUUUCAAAACUAGGUUGGUUUUGAAAAGUAUUCAAACCAGUUUACACACCUGUUUGACAAGAUAAAGGCUCAUAUCUUCAUUUACAUAUAAACCAGGAUUAUUUGAUGUUUUUUGUAUUCUUGUGUGUGGAUCAGUUUAAAACCAGUGAGACUAAUAAUUACUGUUUGUUAGCUUACUUUAGCUAGGUAGGGGUUAUCAGUUUGUACAAUGCUUGUUGCAUUACUGAGCAGUGCCUACUUUUGAAGCUCCAUCGCUGGUCUUAAUCUUUUGCUUUAGUUGUGGUUUGUGUGUUUAUAAGAGUUUGUUAGUCGUCUGGGACUAACACAGUGAUGACUCACAUUGUGAUUAUAUUAUGUAUUCAGAAAGGAACAGUAUCGGCCUAAAGUCCAAAAUUCAGGGAGACAGACAUUUCAAUAGACGUUAGAGCAACCAUACAAGUGUUAGUGGGAUACCUGGGCAUUUACCAGCCCUUACGUACAUAAAAGAUUCAGUGGAUUAUUAGCCUUAGGUCACUACAUCAAAAGACCAGAAUCACACACUGAAACCACAAAUGAACAACUGCAUCUGUGAUUGCACUUGUAAUAACUGAAUAAUACAAUAACAUGGACACAUUAAAUACCAAGGUAUCCCUUUAAAGUUUUUUAUUCAAGUGGUAUUGUUUUGUUCACUGUUUUAUCUAUCUACCUCUUCUCUCCACUCAAAUGUUAAAUCAGAAUCAAACCUACAGUGAUGAUGGUUAAUUAAUUGUAUCUACAUUGUAGGCACCAGUUUCCUCCAUAACCAAGCAAUGAGUUUCUACAGAUACAGCAAACGGUUUAUAAAAGACCAUGAACAAAUUGCAAUUGUAUUGUAGAGAUUUUUAUGUUUCUGUAAUAUUAAGGUAGUAGGGAUGAAAAUACAUUCAAACAUUUUAAACAGUUUGUAUUAUGUGCUGGUUAAAUCUGUCCUGGGUUUUACAAUUAAACAUUUUAUAUUUA